AUGAGUCAUCGGACUAAAAAAGAAGAAAGGACUUGUAACAAUCGUUUCCACCAGGCAAUGAAACUGUUGUUGAUUGUUGGAAUUGCAUCAGAGAGGUCCUCAUCAGUGCACAUGCCGUCCCACCUCCCAUUGGCAGGCAUGGAAGGAGAAUAUUGGCGAGAUGUUGGACCAGUCCGAAAACCCCACCAGCUCACAAAACCUUUGGAACCAGUCUUCCUCUCACGCCUCGAAACGCCGAUAAGUCCCGCACCUCUCCCCUCAUUCCAGUCGGACCGCGCCGCGGCCGACCUGGAGCAGCACGGCGCAGAAGAACCACAGCAUCCACUGGGAUUGCCGGUGGGAGCGGUCUGGCCCACCUCGAGUGGAAGCCUCGCGAGCGGGCAUGAAUGA